AUUGAGUAACAGUGUCUCAAAGGAAUGCAAUUUGUUGCCUACCAGUGGCUUCAUCCAGGAGAUUUCUGGGGUGGGAAAACAACAACAAUGGAAAGCUCAAAAGCCAGUCUGUGAUGUGGAUUCUGGAAGACCUGAAAAAUUAAGUAAUUACCAGACCUUGCCUGUAUAUGAAUGUAUUUGUAAGCUGCCCAAAAAUGACUUUGAAGAAGCAAUGGACAAACUUGGGAAUACUGCAAACUGCUCUCCUGAGGAAGGCUGCUGGGGUCAGUCCUUCUGUUUCUAUGGGGAUCUCAUCCUGAAGAGAUAUUUGGAACAGCUGUAAUUAUGUUCUGCAACACUCUGUGACUGUUCAAUUAUAUAAGAUUUCAAUGCAGUAAUGAUGUUGAUUUUGCUUCAUACUGCCAAUAAACUCACUUGAUACUAAAUAUUGAGUGAAUCAUUUACCUUCCUUCAUCCUCAACCCCAAUAAACAAACUGUUUAAUUUUUAGAAGCAUUUGGAUAGGCAAAUGUCAUCCUAUGAGACCCAUUUCACUUCAAUUUGACUGUUUCUAAUUCUGUCUGUUAGAGUUUUCGGUCGCCUCUUGUGUCAUUUUUCAGAAGGGAUAAUGAACUGAAAAUAAGGAUCAUUGCCAUAGGACUCUUCUUUUCCCCUGAUAAGUUGCUAGGUUAUCAUUACCCAAACCCUCCAUGUUUAUAGUUUUCUAUCACUUGUCAUAGAUCCUCAUAAAUUACAUGGUUUGUGUUUAUUCAGCAAAAUUCACAUCACCUGCAGAGAUGUAAUGGUAGACGAACAUUCAUCUAAUUUGGAGAGAUUAUAGUCCUUUCCUUCAUUAGCUCUUUAGGCAAAGGAGACUCCAUCUGUCAAAACGACUUUGGGUGCAGACUCAGUGGUUUGUCUACUCUUUCUGUCUGGAAAUUUUUUUUGUCUGCAUAAAAAAGGGGAUAGUCAGAGUUCACUUCAUUCUAAGGAAACAGACGAAAGGACAAUCUGGUAUAAAACUCCCCCAAACAAUUGAAUAGAAGGAAGUGCUCGUCACUGACUUUUCCCCCCCACCAUGAAGGCACAUUUCCUUCCUAGCCUUUGCUUCUCUUAUCUGGGAGGAUUUUUCUCCCCCCCCAAGUGAAGCAUGAAGAGUUGUUAAGUCGAAAAUGGAGCCUAUAUUUUACAUGCUGAUUUUUACCUACGUGAUCUUUGGGAAUUCAGAGGGUUUUCAGAUUAUCCACGUUCGGAAACAGCAAUGCCUUUCUGAAAGUAAGAGAGUAUCUGUGGCCUUGUGCAAUGUGACCAGUCAAAAUCAACAGUGGAUGUGGACAGAGGAUGAAAAACUUCUCCAUGUUAAAUCUUCCCAGUGCCUGGGCAUCUCCUCCUUAGCUUACCGUUCUCCAGCUGCCAUCUUCCUCAACUGCUCUCAGGCACCCACAUGGACUUGCCAUGAUAAAGAAGGGUUCCUGGAGGUGACAAAUUCCUCCUUCUUCCUCAAGAAGCAAGGCAACAGGGUAGUGGUCAAGAAGGACAGGAAAUACCUCGAUAGCUGGAUGAAAAUAGCUGUCAAUGAGAAAGGAGAAUCUACCAAUGAAAGUCUGUGCUUAAAGAAAGCUCACCAGGGCGGAGAAGCUUUAGCAAGGAUCACUAGAAACACCACUCCUCCAAAGAUCCCCAUUACCACAAAUGCUGUUACCUAUAACCCCAAGGAUCUGCUUCGAAAUGUCACAGAGGUCCUCCCAAGGGAGACUACAGACAAUUACCUUAUAAGCAGCACUGGGAAUCCUCAUGUGCAGAUGACUGGAAUUACAGAGAAGCCUUGGACACAGAUGACUACCCAGCAGUAUCCCAGCACCCCAGCAGAGAGUGGCCUAGGGGAACCGCCGAGGUGCAACAUCAACCAGACACAAGCCAAGGUCUCCAGCCAGUCUGCCAGGCUCAGAUGGAGCACGGAAGGGUCGCCUUGUAACUUUAGCCUCAUCUACAAUUCGGACACCUCUGGGAGUGCCCUGUGCUACCCUGUGCGAGUUGCCAAUCACACCUAUGAAUGUAACCCUGAGGACUUGCAAGCUGGGACAGUCUAUCACUUCAGGAUUGUGUCUGAGGAUGGAGAUGAGAAACCUAUCUCCUUGCAAACAGACCCCUUACCUCCCGCAAGGUUUGAAGUUGAUAUGGACAAGACCACUUCCACAAGUCUGCAUGUUUGGUGGACCCCAUCUUCAGGAAAGGUUGACUUUUAUGAGCUGCAGUUGUUCAAUGAUAAGAACCAGAAGAUACAAGGAGCUGUCAUCCCAGAAAGUACUUUACAGAAUGAAAAUACAUUUUCCAACCUCACAGCUGGUACUAAAUAUCAUUUUGCCAUUCAAGCUAUUUCUGGGAACAAAAGCAGCCCUGCAGUUUACAUCAAUGGAUCUACUGUGCCAUUCCCAGUGAAAGCUGUCCAAGCCUCCACCAACACUGACACUCUCCAGGUUUCCUGGUCCUCUGGGUCUGGGAAUGUAGAUCAAUAUCGGGUGAUGCUAUUGGAUAAAGGGAGAACAAUUCAUGACAUCAGUGUAGAAAAGCAUGUUACUACCCAUACUUUUCUUGGACUGACCCCAGGCCACCUCUACAACCUCACAAUUGUAACUGAAGCAGCGGGGCUACGGAGCUACAAAUCUAAAUUAGUUAGGACAGCCCCAGUGGAAGUCUCAAAUCUGAUGGUGACUAAUGAGGCCAGCUGUAGUUCUCUCAAAGUCAAAUGGAAAAGACCACCAGGAAACCUGGAUUGUUAUAACAUCACAUUGUCUCAUCAAGGGAAUGUUAGAGAAUUCAGGACUAUAGAAGCCUGGGUGACUGAAGCCCACUUUGAGGGCUUGAUUCCAGGACGCCUGUAUCAAGUUACUGUCUCUACCAUCAGUGGCGAACUCUCGGCUCAAAAAACGGCAAUGGGGAGAACAGUUCCUGAGAAAGUUACAAAGUUGAAGGCAGUCAGUAAUGGUUGGAUGAGAUCCCUAAGAGUGAGUUGGUUGCCUCCUACUGGAGACUGGGAGCGGUACCGCAUCACUCUACUCAACGGUUCUUCCUUACUGCUCAACAUCACCUUGGAGAAAGAUACAAAGAGCUUUGACAUCCAUGACCUAGGGCUCAUACCUGGAAGACAGUAUGAGGUAGAGGUUUCUGUCGAGAGUGGAGGACUAAAAAACACCAUCCGCUGUCAAGGUCGAACAACUCCACAGCCUGUCGGGCAACUCCGAGUAAAGCAUGCCAACGAAUCCUCUCUAAGCAUCAUGUGGCUGACCCCUGUAGCAGAAUGGGAUAAAUAUGUCAUCUCACUGGCAGACAGGGAUCUCUUACUUAUCCACAAGACAUUAGCCAAAGAAGCCAAAGAAUUCACUUUCACAGACCUGGUGCCUGGAAGAAAGUAUGUAGCGUCAGUCACCAGCAUCAGUGGAGACUUAAGAAAUUCAACAUCAGUAGAAGGAAGAACAGUGCCUGCUCAGGUGACUGGCCUGAACGUGUUCAAUCAAGGGACAACCAAUAGUUUAUUUACCAACUGGACCAGAGCACAAGGAGAUAUCGACUUCUAUCAAGUCUUAUUAAUUCAUGAAAAUGUUGUCAUUAAGAAUGAGAGCUUGUCCAGUGAGACCAGCGGCUACAGCUUCCACUCCCUCAAACCUGGUGGGCUCUAUUCAGUGGUAGUUACAACAUUCAGUGGAGGGAUCUCUUCCCGACAAAUGGUGGGAGAGGGACAGACAGUCCCUUCCAGUGUGAGUGGAGUGACGCUGAAUAAUUCUGGCCGGAGUGAUUACCUCAGUGUUUCCUGGCUCCCAGCUCCUGGAGAUGUAGAUAGCUACUCCGUGACUCUCUCUCACGGAGAUCAGAUUAUCCAGUCUCUCGCGAUUGCGAAAUCCACCAGCGAGUGCUCCUUCAGCUCCCUCACUCCGGGCCGCCUCUUCAACGUGACUGUGACGACCAGGAGCGGCAAGUAUGAAAACCAUUCCUUCGGCCAGGAGCGCACAGUGCCCUCGAAAGUCCAAGGACUUACUAUUAGCAACUCAGCCAGGAGUGAUUAUUUAAAGGUAUCCUGGCUGCAUGCCACUGGAGACUUUGAUCAGUAUGUGGUUGGCAUUACCAACAAGAACAAUUCCGUCCAAACCAAAACCAUCCCCAAGACUGGAAACGAAUGCGUCUUUGUUAAUCUUGUCCCUGGACGACUAUACAGCAUCACUGUUAGUACCAGAAGUGGAAAUUAUGAAGCCAGUGAGCGCUUGAAUAAGAGAACAAUCCCAGAGUCUGUAAAGGAGUUAACGCUUCGUAAUCGGAGUACAGAAGAGCUGCAUGUCACGUGGGUGAGAGCUGAUGGAGAUGUGGAUCAAUAUGAGAUUCAGCUUUGCUUCAAUGAUGUGAAAGUCCUUCCUUCCCUUCACCUCAUAAAUACCGCUACUGAGUAUCGUUUCACAUCCCUAACCCCUGGCCGCCUGUAUAAGAUUCUUGUUUUGACAAUCAGUGGGGAUGCACAAAAGUCAGCCUUCAUCGAAGGUUUAACAGCUCCAAGUCCUGUAAAAAAUAUACAUGUUUCCCCUAAUGGGAUGACAGACAGCCUGAAAGUGAAUUGGACACCUGGUGGAGGAGAUGUCGAUUCCUACACAGUGACAGCACUUAGGCAGCAUCAUAAAAUUGACUCACAAACUAUCCCCAAGCAUAUCAAUGAACACACAUUUCACAAAUUAGAAGCAGGGGAACUAUACCAAAUUGUGGUGGAGUCCAUCAGUGGUUCCUUGAGUAACCAGGUAGAAACCCUUGGUCGAACAGUGCCUGCAUCUGUCCAGGGAUUACAUGCAGACAAUGCAUAUAGUAGUCAUUCAUUGAUAGUGACCUGGCAAGGAGCAGCUGGCAUGGCAGAAAGAUACGAUAUCCUGCUUCUAAGUGAAGAAGGGACUCUCCUGAGCAACAAAUCAGAGGUGGCUUCAGCUAAGCAACACAAAUUUGAAGAUUUAAUACCAGGAAAGAAGUACAAGAUACAAAUCCUGACUGUCAGUGGAGGCCUCUUCAGUGUUCAGGCUGAAACCGAAGGUCGGACAGUGCCGGCAGCUGUGACCAAUUUGAGGAUCACAGAGAAUUCUACCAGUCACCUAGCAUUCACCUGGAAGACCUCUGAGGGAGAGCUAAACUGGUACAACAUCUUCCUAUACAACCCAGACAAGACCCUUCAGGAGAGAGCUAAGGUGGACCCUGGAGUUCAGCACUGUGCUUUUCAGAACCUGAUGCAAGGCAGAAUGUACAAAAUGGUGAUUGUGACUCAUAGUGGGGAGCUUUCAAAUGAGUCAUUUAUAUUUGGUAGAACAGUCCCAGCCACAGUGAACAACCUCAAGGGCUCCAAUCAGAACAUGACAGACAGCCUCUUGUUCACCUGGAGCCCUGCACCUGGAGACCUAGAUUCUUAUGAACUGAUUCUUUACAAUCCCAAUGGCAGUCAGAAGGAAAAAUGGAAGGCAAAAGAUCUCACAGAGAAGCAUUUCCAUAGCCUUGUUCCUGGGAGAAUGUAUACUCUAAGUGUGGUGACUCAUAGCGGUGACCUCACCAAUACCAUCAAAGCUACGAGCAGAACAGCACCAAGUCCUCCAAGUUCUUUGUCCUUUGCUGAUGUGGCAAACACUUCCCUGGCCAUUACAUGGUUAGGUCCACAAGACUGGACAGACUAUGAUGACUUUGAACUCCAGUGGUUUCCAAGAGACCAGCUCACCAUCUUCAACCCCUACAGUAACAGAAAAUCAAAGGGACGCAUCAUAUAUGGACUUCAUCCAGGGCGAUUCUAUCAAUUCAGUGUCAGGACUGUCAGUGGAGAAUCUUGGAAAACCUACAGCCAACCGAUUUCUGGAACAGUGAGGACAAGGCCAGACAAGAUACAAAACCUCCACUGUCGCCCCCAGAAUUCCACGGCCAUUGCCUGCUCCUGGAUCCCUCCAGAUUCUGACUUUGAUGGGUACAGCAUUGAAUGCAGGAAAGUGGACACCGGGGAGGUAGAAUUCUCCCGAAGGCUGGACAAAGACAAAUCUCUUCUCAAUAUCAUGACCCUGGUCCCCCACAAGCAGUAUCGGGUAUCCAUCAAGGUGCAAUCUGAGCGCAUGACCAGUGAGGUUGUGGAAGAGACCACAAUCACUAUGAUUGAUCGCCCUCCUCCUCCACCUCCACACAUCCGUGUGAAUAAAAAGGACGUGCUAAUUAGUAAGUCUUCCAUCAACUUUACUUUCAACUGCAGCUGGUUCAGCGAUACCAAUGGAGCUGUGAAAUACUUCACUGUAGUGGUGAGAGAGGCUGAUGGAAGUGAUGAGCUGAAGCCAGAGCAACACCAUCCUCUGCCCUCCUACUUUGAGUACCGCCACAAUGCCUCCAUCCGGGUCUAUCAGACCAACUACUUCGCCAGUAAAUGCGCAGAAAGCCCUGAGAGCAACUCCAAGAGCUUUGACAUCAAACUUGGAGCAGAGAUGGAACGCUUGGGAGGCAAAUGUGAUGCAAACCAGCAGAAAUUCUGUGAUGGUCCCUUGAAGCCCCGCACUGCCUACAGAAUCAGCAUUCGAGCCUUCACUCAGUUAUUUGAUGAGAACCUGAAGGAAUUUACCGAACCACUCUUCUCAGACACAUUUUUCUCUUUGCCCAUCACCACCGAAUCAGAGCCUUUGUUUGGAGUGAUUGAAGGAGUGAGUGCUGGAUUGUUCCUAAUUGGCAUGCUGGUGGCAGUCAUUGCCUUAUUCAUCUGUAGACGGAAAGUGAGUCAUGGUCAGAACAGACCCACAGCCAGACUCAGCAUCAGAAGGGAUAGACCACUGUCCGUCCAUCUGAACUUGGGCCAAAAAGGAAACCGGAGAACUUCCAGCCCCAUAAAAGUUAAUCAGUUUGAAGCACAUUUCAUGAAGCUACAAGCAGAUUCCAACUAUCUUCUCUCCAAGGAAUAUGAGGAUUUAAAAGAGGUGGGUCGAAAUCAAUCAUGUGACACAGCCCUUUUGCCAGAGAACAGAGGGAAAAAUCGAUACAACAAUAUACUACCCUAUGAUACAACUAGAGUGAAGCUUUCUAAUGUCGAUGAUGACCCUUGCUCAGACUACAUUAAUGCCAGCUAUAUCCCAGGCAACAACUUCAGAAGAGAAUACAUUGCUACUCAAGGGCCCCUUCCUGGCACCAAAGAUGACUUUUGGAAGAUGUCGUGGGAACAGAAUGUCCACAACAUUGUUAUGGUGACCCAGUGUGUUGAGAAGGGUCGAGUAAAAUGCGAUCACUACUGGCCUGCAGACCAAGAUUCCCUCUACUAUGGGGACCUCAUUGUUCAGAUGCUGUCUGAAUCUGUGCUGUCAGAAUGGACAAUUAGAGAAUUUAAAAUAUGCAGUGAGGAACAGCUUGAUGCAAACAGACUCAUUCGUCAUUUUCAUUAUACUGUCUGGCCAGACCAUGGAGUUCCAGAGACCACCCAAUCCCUGAUCCAAUUUGUAAGGACAGUCAGGGAUUAUAUUAACAGAACUCCAGGUGCUGGACCCACCAUUGUGCACUGCAGUGCUGGUGUGGGUAGGACUGGAACGUUCAUUGCACUGGACCGUAUCCUGCAACAGCUAGACUCCAAAGACUCUGUAGAUAUUUAUGGAGCAGUGCAUGAUCUCAGACUGCAUAGGGUUCACAUGGUUCAAACAGAGUGCCAAUAUGUAUAUCUACAUCAGUGUGUCAGAGAUGUCUUAAGAGCCAGGAAGCUUCGUAGUGAGCAAGAAAACCCUUUAUUUCCAAUCUAUGAAAAUGUGAAUCCAGAGUAUCACAGAGAUGCUGUCUAUUCAAGGCAUUAAGAAUGUAGCAGAGAUCUCUUUGGAUCAAGCCCAUUCACUGUGUGACUUUUUUGUUAAACUCCAUAUCCAAGAGAGGUGCCAGUUAUUUCUGUUGAUACUGUGUAUAAUUUAUUAGCCUAGGAAAUUUGAAAAGAAUCUAUGUAAUUUAAGUGUAAUGGUGAUUAUUGUACAUAAUUUGUAUUUGGGAUAGUCUGUAAAUAUGUAUUUUCACAAUGUUUAAUAUUAAGCUUCAGAUAAUACUAUUUUUCCAUCCUAAAGUUUUUAUAAAUUGUUCUACAUAAAUGGCUUUAACCUGUAUGACAGGAGUACUGGUGGAAUGUCUGUGUUGGCUUUUUUUCGUUGUCCCUUAAUGUCUGGGGGCAACCUUUGGGUUGUGAGCCCUUCGCUCAUUUGAUAUUCAAGAACAAGAAAAAUCUCCAAGUAGAUAAGAACUUAGGAGGAAAACCAGAGCAUCCGAGCCGCCCAAAUCCCAGACUGCGUAAUGAGAAAGGCUAAGUGAGACGAUUAAUCAAGCCGGUGUGUCUCCAGGCUCUUAAUCACCAAAUAUGGAGCAUCAGCAGAGCUCUUUCAUCAGUGGGCUAUGGCUCCCCUGGCCCUCACCAGAAUUCCCCAAUGGCCAUUUCAGGGUCUGCGUAUAGCUAAAGACUCAUUUACAGAGAGUCUUAGUCUGAAAUGCUGAGGGCUUUUGAUGGUUUCCACUCUGAGAAAAAGCAGAAUUCCACAUAUAAAGAAAAAUGCCCACAGUAAGCCAUUUCCUGAAAACUCAGUGACCACAGUACCGUGAAAAAAUAGGAUGCGUGCCGCUCAAGGCUAGUUCAUCGCGCAUUAUACAUAGCAGUAUGUGUCUACACAAAAAGUGCGUGUAUGAAGGGGUGACUAUCCACAGGGAGCCCCUUUUUCUAUUAUGUUCUUGUGUGAAUGUUUAUAUGGACAUUUAGCAAGUCCUUUGAUUUACAGGGAGUUAUAUUCCUGGAAAAGGUGCUUUAAAUCAGAAUGAUGUAAAUUUUAUCUGGUAUUUCCUGAUAAACAAAGUUAAAAUUGGAGGGGCGGGGGGAGAGAAGGGGCUACAUUGGAGAUCUUAGAUCUACUGCCAGCUUUUCAUAGAAAUGACCAUGUUUAAUCUGUGAUUCCAAUUGAUGGCUGUAUGCUACAUGAUGUAUACCUUAUUUACUAAUACAAAUGAAUUAUGGUAAUACAAUAACAAAUGACAAAAAAGUGUAUUUUAUAGGGUCAAGUUAUCUUUGAAUAAUAUACAGAGUCCUUAUCUUAGGUCUCCAUAAUUCCUCCUAUUUUGCCUCCCAUAAAUCCCUCUUAUAGGAACAAAUCUCAUAAAAUAAACAUCUUUAUCAAGAUCAUGAAAAAGUCUCCCCCACCUCUCUCUCUCUCUCUCUCUCUCUCUCUCUCUCUCUCUCUCUCUCUCUCUCUCUCUCUCUCUCUCUCUCUCUCUCUCUCUCUCUCUCUCUCUCUCUCUCUCUCUCUCUCUCUCCCCUUCCCCUCCUUUCUUUCUCUGGUUGCCUCUCUCUCUCCUUCCCUCCAUUCUCUCUCUGGUUGUCUCUAUAUGUCUUUGUCUCUCUGUUUCUGUCUCUCCUUCUCUCUCUGAAGUGUCAAGUUAUUGGUUUUCAGCUCUAUUCACAGAUUCAGUGGUGGGUACGCUGCCUUCUAGGCUUCCACAUCACCAUGUGUGUCAUUGUCAAAGUGCUAUAAGGGACGAGAAGUAUUUCUAUAAAGGGGCACAUAGCUAGGAAACGUCUUCCAGUGUCAUUUGUAAAUUCAUGUCAAGGAAUAACUUGGCCGCAACAGAAAUAUAAUCAGAUAAAUACUAGGAUGAAUGAAAGGACUAAGGGCCUUGUUAACAUGGAGUUAUGGAGAUUACACAAUUCACAUUCACCAGGUCUACAUUCAAAGCUGCCUUAAAUUGAGAUCCUGUGUCAGGACAAUGAGAAAGAAGGAAGAAAGAAAGUAUGAGUAUAGGAAAGUGAAUGAAAAGAUAGAGAGGAGCAGAAAACAAAUGAGUGUUCGGGGAUUCAUAAAGUAAAAGGUUUGUCUGUCUUUGAAAGGAGAUUAUAAUCUGGAAUCUUUAACUUUUUUUAAUGCAGGCCUAGGAUUUCAUCUUGGUAGGAAACUCCUUGUGUGAGCAAUCCCUCUACCUACGAAGAACCCUAAACUCAUUAAUAACCAAGGUUUAAAAAAUUGUCCCAAGGGUGGAGAGAUUAAGUGAUUUCCCCUCCUAGGUGUCUGCCUCUCAGAGGCAGAUCUUCCUGACUCAAAGACCAGCCUUCUCUCUAUUAUGCCACAGUGCCUCCAAUCUAAUAUUUUUUUUCUAAAAUAUAUUAAUGUAUGGAAAGACAAUGGAGUUUCUCCUAUAAACUGGAUGUUCCAAUUAACAUGAAGAAUCCAUCACAUUUAAAAUGUUUUCCAAUUACGUUUGAGGGAGUAAAACUACAUAUUAGUUAUAUAAAUGAUUUUGUCUAAUAUAGCUACAGCCUCAUAAAGGCCAGAACCCUGAAAAGCCUGCUAAUUGCUUAAUACUAAGUCAUCUGAGCCUGGGGAAGAAGCACAAACAAAGAAUUAAAGCCACAUAGCUCAUUAGCCUCCCCUCCAUCUCCAGUCUGUGACAGCAAAUCAAGCUCUGAGGGGUGGAGGAAGAGUUCUGAUAACUGAAGGCUGGACAAAUGAGUUCGUUUAGUCUGGUCCAUAAAAAAGAGAAAAAGAAAGAAAUCUAUUCUUCCAAUAGACUUGACUAAUUUUAAAUUUCCCUAGCAACAAAUGCUUCACUUCUCCCAUAAUGAUACUAAAUACAUCCUCCAGUUGAUCUGUUUUAUAAAAAAAAAAGUUUCCUUGAUACUCAGCCCAAUUUUAUGUAUUUUCAUUAAGGCUCAUUAUGUGCUUCUCAUGGUAAGUAACCCAUUGCCUCUCUCGGUAUGCAUGCACCUGCCUGUUUGUGUGCUGCUUGCAAUCACUGUCUCCUGGUGCCUCCCAGGGAUCAAAUGUUAGGAGACUAUCAUACAGCAUCUUAGCAAUCAUUUAUCCAACUAUAAUUAGCUCCUUUACCUCUCAUUAAAUCAAAACUCUUAUUUCUCAUUUUAUCAUCCUGUUGUAUUUCUUUGGAUGGGGGCCAAUUUUCAAUGUCACCCAUCUAGGGCAAAGGGCUCUUAACUCUUUUUUGGCAAUCUGAUGAAGCCUUUGGACAGAAAAAUGUUUAUAAAUAUGGAAAACAAAAUGCAUGGGGUUGUAAAGGAAACCAAUUACCUAUUGAAUUAUAGUUCUCAAAAUAUUUUUAAAAACAAAUUCAUGGACCCCCCAAUCUACUGAAGGUCCCCUGAGAGAUUGGAUUCAUGGAUGGAUAAACGAAUUAUGUAGUUUAGCCAAUCAGUAAGUCAACUUGAUGAAACAAUUGGUUUGACUGAUUAUUUUUAUCAACCAUAUUGAUCACUAUUCAACUGAAUUGACCCCUAGGUUUGGCAUGCUGGAACAUAGCUAAGUAAUCUUCAACAAUCCUGGGUGAUUUUUAUACCUUUUAAUUUGGCUAGAUCAUAAUUUGAAUAAUAAUAUAAUUUUUAGUGUUGCCUUGAUUAUAGGAAUCUGUUCAAUUCUAAAAAUGUUUUCAGCCAAUGGAAAUAUUUCAUUCUAAGAUAAUACACUUGGCUUGUAGGGAGACUCCCAAGGGAAAACAAAUGUCUUUGGUAUAUUUUGGUUGUAACAGAUGCCUCACAGUUCCUCUUUGGGAUAUAAAAUACAUAUUCUAAUUGAUCUGUUUGCUAAGGUAAGCAUCAGAGGUAGGAUUUGAAACUAGAUCCUUUGACUCCAGCAUCAGUGUUAAUGCCAUUGUAGUUUAAUAGCUAGAUAUUGAAAUUAAGCAUACAUAUUUGGGGAUGCUCUGGCGAUGAGUUAUCAGUAUUCAUGCUCCACCCUCCACAAAUGGAAAAGCCUGUUUUGAUGAGAAAGGCUCAACCAAUUUCUUUUUUUAAAAUGGUUUUUGUAUUUCUGGGUGUCCCCUUUAAUUUAAUUGAUAAGGAGUACGUCUCCAAAAGAGACUUAGUUGCAUGAAGUAAUUGUGCUUUGCCAAAGAGGUUGCUUUUCUCCUAGACAAAAGACCCAAACUCCUUCUCUAAAAGGGAUAUCUGAUAUUCUUGGAAAAUCACAGGAGGUGACUGGUUGGUCCCAAUCCAAAAGUAUUUUCUGGUGCCAUAUAUUAAAAGGUGGUGGAAAGAGUUUUGAAAGGAGUAUCAUAACAAGCUGCCAUAUGUAAGCAGGAAAACAGUAUUCCUUUUAUCAGGCAAGAUGCUCUCCAAAAACCUUUUCACCUAUUUCUACUAAAAUAUACUUCCACAUCUCUCACUAUGACUAUGCAAGGCUGCAGUAUUUUUAUAGCUGACUAUUAAAUUGCACUUCUUGAACAGGAACCCUGUUUUAUUUCUCUUUGCACUUCUCGCAGGGUAUUCUAUAUCAUCAAUGCCUAAUAAAUGUCUGUUGGAUGGAUUGAUGGAUGGAGAGAUGGUUAAGUAGCUUAGCCAGCCAGCAAGUCAACCUGAUCAAACAAUUGGUUUGACGGAUUAUUUUUUUCUGCCAUAUUGGCCACUGUUCAGCUGACUUGAUCUCUAAGUUUGGCAUGCCAUGACACAGCUAAGUAGUCUUCAAAAACCCUUGGCAAUUUUCAUGUUUUUGAAAAUUUGACUAUUUCAUAUUUUGAAUAUAACUUUUGGUGUUGUCUUGAUUGUAGGAAUCUGUUCAGUUCUAAAAAUGUUUCCAGCCAAUAGAAAUAUUUCAUUCUAAGAUAAUACACUUGGCUUGUAGGGAGACUCCCAAGGGAAAACAAAUGUCUUUGAUAUAUUUUUGUUAAGAUAAUUUUAUUUGGUGUGUGUAUGCAUAUGUUUGUCUGCAUAUGAUUUGUGUAGACACUCCCAUUAAGUGAGGACAAUGUUGGUUAAUGCUCUUAAAAAUAGCAUUUUAUGCGAUUGAAAUAAAAGGUCUAUUGCCAGUUUUUUCAUAACCCAUAUGCCAAUGCUUCAGAAAGUCUUCCUAUCACAUAGAAUACUAAAAUAAAUUACGCAGAACAGAACAAGUCAUACUGUGAACAAUGUCAGAGAAAUGCAAUUUCUGCUGCUGUGAUUAUUUAUGUAGCUUAAAAUGUGAUUGGUAAAUCCUUCCUAGAAUUGCCCCAAGAAAAAUUUGUGGUCCCCACUUCAUGCCUUUAAAUAACAUCUCUUAGGAAUCACCAGUCUCCCAAACCCAAGGAAGCUUUCUUUUACAUUCACAUUCCAUUUGAUAGUGGCAGUGAUGGGUGCUCAUGAACACUUACUGUGAAAAGCUUUGUGGCUUCAAGAGUUUAUAUAUCAAAGUUGACCAUAUUCAUCCACUCAAUAAACUAUUUUAAGAAAACCUUCAUCAGUGUGGACCAGCUAAAGAAGCACAUAUCGUUUGCUCCAUCUCUAGUUUGCCAAUUCUUCCUUGGUACAAAAAGGCACCAGUCACCUUAAAGAGGGAGCAGAUGUGCAAAAUAAAAUUGUUAAAAGGCCACUCACGAGCCAUGUUAGUGCAACGGGUAAGGCUGAGAUCCCAAAAGAUGUUUGACCCAAAACAUUACCUGAGAUAUGCAGUUUGUAAACACAAUGAAGGAAAAGAGUGUUCUUCAUAUUUUGUUGGUUUCCCCAUCAGAGUAUAAAAUCUGGUGCCUUGCAUGUAGUAGAUACUAAGUGUAUAGUAGUUGAUUGAAAAUGUCUCUUGGGUAUGGCUUUGGUAUUUGGCGUACAUUAACAUGAAAUCUCCUGGAUGUUUCUGAAGCUUUUCCUUGGUUUAUUUGAAAUGUAAAGAUACCCUGUGAGUGUAUCAGGUGACUGAAUUCAAUAUGUUCUAUAAUAGAGCACUUACUUUUAUAGCUUAUGAAAUUCCAUUCAUUCUUAUUCCUACAAAUCGGACAAUGAAGAGAGAUCAAAUAGUGGCUCUUUUUUCCAUGCUAUAUAAUGUACUCUCUCCAUGGUGUUCUUAACAAACUGUGUCUGAACACAGAGCUAUAUUAGUGCUGUUUAUUUAAAUUAUAUAUUUCUUAAGUAUAUUUUUAUAUUUGUAACUGCAGUCCAAAAAACUGUGAGUCUAUUUUAUACAUUUUUUCCAGUAUAUCAGGAAUAAACCCAAGGUUCAUUAAAGAA